AUGGCUUCAGUAACAGAUGCCAGAUUCAGGCAGAAAGAUACCUCAGAUCAAAAUUUUGAUUACAUGUUCAAACUCCUGAUCAUUGGCAACAGCAGCGUGGGCAAAACAUCCUUCCUCUUCAGAUAUGCUGAUGAUACUUUCACACCAGCCUUCGUUAGCACAGUAGGAAUUGACUUCAAAGUGAAAACAGUCUAUAGGAAUGACAAGCGGGUGAAACUACAGAUUUGGGAUACAGCUGGACAAGAAAGAUACAGGACUAUCACUACAGCCUACUAUCGAGGAGCCAUGGGCUUCAUCCUCAUGUAUGAUAUCACCAGUGAAGACUCCUUCAAUGCAGUGCAGGACUGGGCCACACAAAUCAAGACUUACUCCUGGGACAAUGCACAAGUGAUCCUGGUUGGAAAUAAAUGUGACAUGGAAGAUGAAAGAAUUAUUCCUGUGGAGAAGGGGAAACAUCUAGCGGAUCAGCUAGGUUUUGACUACUUUGAAGCUAGUGCCAAAGAAAACAUCAAUGUAAGGCAGGUGUUUGAGCGUCUCGUGGAUAUAAUCUGUGAUAAAAUGUCAGAGAGUAUAGAAUCAGACCCUUCCAGGGGCACUUCUGGAAGGAGCAUGCGACUCACAGACAACCCACCCCCUUCACAGCAGAACUGCUCGUGCUAGUGACCUUUCUCGCUGAGAAAUGUCCUUCUCCUUUCUUCACUAAAUUUUAUCUUUUUCAUCUGUGGUGGUGUGUUAUCAUGUAGUCCAAAGGCAGAAGUCUCUGUUGUAGGAAACUGGUAUGUUUGUUUAAUGUGCUGGAAUGUUAGUAUUAUGUAUUUCUUCAUCCAAUAAUUUAAAAAACAAAAAUCUGAAUAAAUAUUGUAAGUGCACCUAGUGUUAAUGUGAGUUACACUGAAGAAAAAGAAUUGUAUAGCCUUGCAAGUGU